UUGUUUUCCCAAGAACAUGAAAAGAAAAUCCAUGAGCAAGGACAAGAGAAAAAAUUCCUUGGUGUCGGUAUCAACUGCAUCUUCCAAGACAAAUAUUUCACAGUCUCCUGAACAAAAAAAUGUUGAUUUAGAACAGAGUCAGGUCAUUCUACCUGAGACACCAUCCUUGGCACAUGAUUCAGACACACUUUCUACUGAAAAACUAGAAUUACCUCUUUCAGAUACCUCUGACAUAGGUAAAACACAUUAUCCAAGUAAGUCAUCACAGGAAAAAGAUAAACAGCUCUCAUUCCUUAAAAAAAGUGAAGAUUCUGUUAUACCUAAACCAAGCUCAAUGACCCAGGACUCACUCUGUCAAACUGCUCAAGACGAUCCAGAUGUUCUCACCAUCAUGUCCUCAGAGUCCACGCCAACACCAUCAGAGUCUGGGUCCCCGCAGCUUGACCAGCUUCUGUCAGAUCUUGAGGAGAUGAAACUUAAGUUUAGACCAGAAACACUGGACCCACCAUCAGAAUUCUCUGAUGAUCGUGCUGAAGUUGCUCAAAUCUAUGAUUCUGAAGAUGCUGCGUUUGAAGAUCAAUGUCCUACAGAAUCUUUUAGAGCCAGUGUGUCAUCUGUUGUACAGCUUGCAGAAGAUACCCAUACAAAUAUAGCAGUCACACAGCCGGCAUAUUUCCGUCAAACUGAACCUGAAGUGGUGGCAGUCAGUUGUGAUAUAACUUCUGAGACAAGUGUACCAUCUGACACUGGUAUUCAUAAAGACAAUCCUGUAUCGCCAACUGAGUCCUUUCCAGUCCCAGAAUCUUCGCAAAUACUAUGUGAAGAAAUGAAGCCAUCAUUGAACCAAACUGUUCAUGAGGACAUAUUCCAGCCCAGCGUAACUGCUGGACAUGCCACUGAGACACUUCCUUCGGGAGCUGCAAAGAGUCAGUCUGACAUACCAGAGAAAAAUCUAACUAGUCUUUGUUGGGAGGACUCUACAACUGACAUUCUUCAAAGUCAAGAAGAACACGAAUCGCCUACACCAUCUAAUGAUUUAAAGAGUUUGACAGAAGAAAAAUCAUCACAGAGUGUCCCAGAUAAACUUCCAUAUUUAGGAAAAGCAAGCUCUGUGGAAACCACUCACAGUGAAGAUAUUUCUUCUCAGUCUAUUUCUGAUUUAACUCCUGAGACAGUUACAUCUGCAAGGCAUUUCAGCUUUGAGGAAUUGAUGCCGUACUCCUCCUCAGGCAAUUUGGAGACAUCUUCAGAUGAGGAUAGGCCAAGGACCAGUGGACCGCAUUCAGAAGACUCGCUGACUCCAGUAGACUAUGAAUGUUUUGACUCUCAGUCCACUCCAGACAAACCCAAAACUGAGCUGACUUCUUCGACCUCUGAUGAGGAGUACAGCAUCCCGCCUGGGUACGCAGAGGUAGCACAUAGCGGUGCAGACAGCCCAACCUGUCAAUAUUCUGACCCAGAGCCUUACUUUGACUGCAAACAAGGUGCCUCUGAUUUCUCAGAGCCUGAGCUUGAUGAACCUGAGUCGAAGGCUUGGUCAAGUGGAGGCCAGCCCCAGGAUCGGGUCAGUCAUCCUAGAGUGCCGGAAAAGACGAAUCGAAAAGUGCUGUUGUCUUCUGGGAGCGAAGAUUACGAAGAUGCUCCUUUUGCUCACAAGCCUCUUCAUCAUGUCCAUGAAGAGAGUCAAGAGUUACUACACUAUUCAGAAGCAUCAGAUGAAGAAUUCACCUUGUGUGAAUCUUCACAACCGCCUCCUGUCUGUGAAAUUGGAGCAUAUGCUGAUACUGAUAAAUCUCUGAUAAGGGAGAUCACCGCAGAGCUUGGAUCAAUAUCAGAAAGUUCCGAUGAUGAAUUUGUGACCACCAGAAUAGUACGAAGAAGAGUUGUCAUUCAGGCUGAUGAAAUGGCCGACCUCCCUGCUCAGUCAGUGACAGAAGAAAAGUACAGGGAUGAAAAUGGACACAUAGUUGUCAAAAAGGUUACCCGUAAAGUUAUUCGCAAGUGUGUGUCUGCGGAUGGUGUGGAGCUUGAAGAGGUGUCAUCAGAAGGAGCUUCUCAAGGGUUGGUCACUGUGCCAGAGGGAGACGGUUACUCCAAGGUGGUGAAACGGACUGUACUCAAGAGUGAGGGUGACCACACAGAGGUAACAUUUGCUGAAUACGAGGGUCUCUCAUCGUUGAGACAGGAGGCAGCUGAUGCUUGUAAGGUCAGUAACGUGGAGAGGACCACAGUGGUGGAGGGUGAAAGAACAAUGACACACCGAGGUGAUCCGUCCUUGGCCUCUGACCUUCCCUCAGCCCAGGACGACUUCAAACAGGCACUUGGUUAUUUAAGUGGUUUGAGCAGAACAGAGCUCCCUCAUGUGGUAGAAAGAGAGACUGUCAGAGAGGAUGGAACUGUGGUCAGGAGGGCCCACAUGCGUAAAGGUCGCACCCUCAGACGAACAGUGGUGAAGGGAGCUGGGCAGCACGAACAGGUCCUUCUAGGGCAAGUGGACAACCCCGGAAAAGGGUCAAAACCUCGUGAUCUCCAGCAGCAUCUCCACCAGCUCUUUCACCGCUACUACGACGAAGAAAAGGGGGACAGUGAUGAGGACGGCGAAGAAGGGGAGGAGGAAGAGUAGAAGAAUGAGUGACACUCUCCCCCUGCUCCCUGGCUCUGCCCAUGCUAAAGUCCCUGCUAAUCCUAUGCAUUAGCCCCAUGCAAUCCCAGUGUGCACCACGGCACCUCAAAGCUACCACGGUCUUCCCAUUUAGGUCCUUGGAAGAUGACCUUUUGUUCACAGAGUUUUCUUCCCUGGCUGGUUAUAUUGUACUCAUGAUUUUCUUUUCAUGUUCUGAUGUUGUUUUGCCUUUUUUGUGACCAAAGAAAGCCUUCUGUUGUUUUCCUGAUUCACUUUACUUUCCAUGUCUGAUACUUUUGUCUUGAUCCUGUGGUAGAGCAACAACUACAACAAAAAAAAGGAAACAAAGAAACACUAUUCACAUCAACUAGCUCACAAACCUCCUGAAGGUAAAGAACACUUUACCUACAAAAUAAUGGUACUGCUCUCUGAGUAGGUGCUUGGACUGAAAGACAAUAUUUCACAUUGCACUGCCUCUCACAACUAGAGCUUCUCAGAUAUUUCUUUCUGAAACAAAUGAAAAAAAAAAAAAAACUCUCACUCACUGUACUUGCCUCUCUGCUUUUUUGGAUUCAGGUGGUCAAGAUGUCACAAACAGAAAAAUCAGACUGUAUCGACACUGAAUUUAACUGCUGCUGUUGUGUUUCGUGUAGACUAUGUGUAAUCUGUCUUUGGAAAUGAUAUAUUAUCUAUAAUCUAAAACAUUACUGACAUCUGUAGCCUAGGAAUUAAUAAUCACUCAUGUGAAGUAGAACAGGCAUGACUAAUCAACAUCUGUCAGUUUGUCCUAGCUUUGACUGCUUUGUUGUUCUAUGGAUUGUCCUUCCGCCUUUCUUUCCCCUCUUUCUCUAUGUGUCUUUCUUUCUUUGUAAUUAUGUUUAACUCUUUUUUUGUUCUGGCUUUUUCUCUUAAAUUGUGGAUCUUGACUCAUAUUGUGUGGAUGGUGACUGUGUAGGUGAGACUAGAUUGUAGGUAGUGUAUGUCUGAGAAUGUGUUGAUACUGCAUUGACCGCUGGUUUGAAGAGAUUAUUGAGUGAUUUUAAAUUCUGUUGUUUGAAGAUGUCAUAUUUUAGAAUUUAUUUUUGAUUUUUGGUUUAGUUCACGUUAGUAUAUAGAACUUAUUUAAGCUUUGAUUUAAUGGGAAAUCCUCCAGAAUUUGCCAACGGGGUACAAAAUCAUCACAGCUGUUCUAGAGACAUAUUUCUGAAAUGACAUUUUGCGGAAUUGUUUUAUUUAAUGUAAAACUUAAUCAGUUUAUCUUUUCAACCAGAUGUUGUGGUGAAUGAAUGAGUCUGUGCCAGUUUCUGUCAGCAAAACAAAAGAAAUGUUUAUUUUACACACAAACUGCAGUUGCACUCCUGAAUGUCGGGAGGGGACACCUCCAUGCUUUUUUGUGCACAGGUACAGAGGUACAGUAUAUCUUUGCCACAAUGAUUGUCUCAUUUCGAAGGAACAGAUGAUAAAUACAAGAUAAUAAUACACGGACACACGAGGCAAGUUGAGAGCUUAAACAUAUGAUUAUCCACAGCUCUGAGCAUCGCUACUAUAUGUAUCUACAACAUGUAAUGUAUUUAUUUCACUAUCACUGUUUACUUUGUGAUUUAGAAAUAUGUAAAAUGCAAAUUUAGUGGAAGUUCACUGUGACAGGUAUGCUUUUAAUUUGAAGAAACAGCAUCCCUUUUCUGUGAUGAUGACAGUUAUAUACAUAUACAGUGCAUAUAUAAAUAUCUAUAAGGGCAUGUAUUACUGUAUCAAAAUUCAAAAAAACAAAAACAAAAUGGCUGCAGUGUAUCUAUGGCUGAUAGAGAAUAAAAGUCUACAAAUGUA